AUGUUAAGAUUCCUCAGUAGAAAAGGGAGAUCAUCCAGCCAGACUCGAAAGAAACAGAGUCAGAAAAAUGCAACAAACAAAAACUUAAUUCAAUGCAAGGUAAUGUUACUUGACGAUACUGAUUUAACAAUAAAUCUAACCAAAAAAGCUAGUGCUGCCGAUUUAUAUGAACAGGUCUUUUAUUCCUUGGACUUAAUCGAAAAGGAUUACUUUGGACUACAAUUUACAGAUACUAAUAAUGUUCAACAUUGGCUGGAUCCAACUAAAACAAUUAAAAAGCAGGUUAAAAUUGGACCUCCUUAUACUUUGAGACUUAAAGUUAAAUUUUACUCUUCCGAACCAAAUAAUUUAAGAGAAGAAUUAACGAGGUAUCAGUUUUUCUUGCAACUAAAGAAAGAUGUUCUUGAAAGCAAAUUGGAAUGUCCUCAUUCAACUGCUGUUGAGCUAUCUGCACUAGCUUUGCAGUCUGAGUUGGGAGAUUAUGAUGAAACUAUACAUACACCAGCAACUGUAUCUGAAUUUCGUUUUGUACCUAAUCAGUCUGAAGAAAUGGAAAUAGAAAUUCUAGAUGAGUACAAAAAGUGCAAGGGCCUCACUCCUGCCCAGGCUGAAGUCAGUUAUCUUAAUAAAGUUAAAUGGCUUGAGAUGUAUGGUGUUGAUAUGCAUAUAGUAUUGGGAAAAGAUGGCUGUGAAUACCAUUUGGGCCUCACUCCCACUGGGAUACUUGUUUUUGAGGGGCCACAAAAAAUUGGUCUUUUCUUUUGGCCCAAAAUAACUAAAUUAAAUUUUAAAAAGAAAAAACUAACAUUGGUGGUUGUUGAGGAUGAUGACCAGGGACGAGAACAGGAACACACAUUUGUAUUUCGGCUUCAUAAUGAAAAAGCUUGUAAGCAUUUGUGGAAAUGUGCCGUCCAGUACCAUACAUUCUUUCGUUUACGCGCCCCAGUCAAAGGACCAUCAGCGCGGCAGAACUUCUUUAGAAUGGGAUCACGCUUCCAAUAUUCCGGGAAAACGGAAUAUCAGACUACUCAACAAAAUCGUGCACGCCGUACUGUACAAUUUGAAAGGCGGCCUAGCCAACGUUUUGCCAGACGACAGAGUCACGUACUGCGAGAGAGAGAGAAGCAAGUCACUCCUAAGACCGAAAUUGCGCCUCAAACAGAGGCUUCAGAAACGGUGCCUAGUACAUCCACAGCUGAAACCCCUGCUCCAACAACCACGACUAUCGAAAGUGCUCCCGUUACUAAUACUGAAACUGCCAUUGAACCUUUUACCAGAAAAGGUAGUGCUAAAUCCCAGAAGUCUGUAGAAAUUAAAGAAGAAGAUAUCGAAGAUAAAGAAGAAAAAGAUCCGAAUGAACCUGAGGUAGAGCCUUGGUUGUAUACCCUGGUCUUUAGACACUGUAGAAGUUUAGAUAUGAAAACUUCACAGGGCUUUCAAAAAACCGCAAAUCCCCUGUGGAUACGUCCAGCGAUCUCUUUUACAUUUGAGUCCGUAAAUGAUAAGCAAUCAAAAGUUGAUUUACCAACUUAA